UAAAUAAGACCAUAAUGAUUCCAUUGAACAUUUCCGGAACGGUUCUUAAUAGGUUCCUGUGGCACGAUGUUAUGUGCAUGCUCCGUACAUUCCCAAGGAACGAAUCUAGAUGCAUACCAAAGAUGUGUUCUGUAAUGCAUCUCUCGGAAACUACACUGUAGGCGAAACCCGAGCGUUUCACGAAGUUGAAAUUAAAACUACCAGCACUUGCUUCAUGUAUAGAAGGAGGUCUCGUCGUCGGCAGCGUUGCUCUUGUCACUUCCCUUUGAUCUCGGUGCUUGUGCUUGGUUAAUCAGCACACUCCAUUGUCGUUUCACUCAUACUGAUAGCGCAGAGCCCUUUCACUCGCACUUAGUGACAGCAUUGUUGCGUUUUCCUUAUUUUGCCGACGAGACCUCCUUCUAUAAUUUCUUCAUGGUUACUUCAUGUUGAUGACUUAGAUGAAUCUCAUUCCCACUUUAUUUCAUACUUGAAAUUACAACCACCACCACUUCUACAUGCGUUCCAAAGGAACCGUUCCUACCUAGAACAAAAAGGACUGAUUCCAGCGUGUUCCACCACCUGUAAAUUUGAAGCGAAAACAUCACGUAUAGAGUAUUCAUGCUUAGUGGAAAAGGGAGGGAUAUAGAAGUACUGUUUUGAAGCAACUAAGUCCGACUGUGCACAGACACAUUCACGCACACAGACAAUCAAUUUAUUAUGGCAACGAAGCAGGGUAUUGCAGAGACCCAAGAUGAAGCCGCUGGCCGACAAAGAACGGCUUAAACAAGAUUCCGAGGCUGGAAGUGGUGUUGGUGUGGCCGUAAGUAUGUGUGUGCCCGUGCGUGUUUAUGUGCCAUGUUUAAGCCAGCCAAGAGCGAGUUUGUUGGCCCGAUGGCGGCUUUGGAAUUUUCACAACGUCAGAAUACCGAGAAAGACGCUGCGCAUUCGCUGUCCAAAUCACGUCUACAGUCGGAGAGAUUUAGGAAUUAAAUUUACCUUACAUUCGCUGUCCCAGUCACAGCUUAGGUCGAAGACAUUUUAGGACUACACUCGGCGGCUCGAGGUGGCCCGGUGAUACAGAUUAAAAAGUGAAACCUGCGCUGAGCCCGAGCUAAUAAAGGGCUGUCCGACUCUGAGCGCAGGAGAAUGCGUCAGAUAUGCGGCACCGUUUACACCUGGAACUGUGCUGGGGAGCUGUAUGCCAUCGAGUGUGCCAUCUGCGAGGAGCGGCCCCUUUGCACACUAAGCGAGUUCACCUCUCAUAUGGAGAUCUGGCACUCUGGCUGGGGGGGCGAGGCGGCAGAAACUUCCACGGAUGACGAGGCAACUGCAUAUGCAGAUUCAGGUGUUCCUGCAGCCUCCGUAGAUGAGCUGAUGCAGGAGGUGCUGGCAGAGCAGCGUACCAGCGAGGCAGACAAUGAGUUAAAGCAGCAGCUGGUUCAGAAGCUGAAUGCCACGGAUCAGCCAGUGGUAGAGGCAGCAGUAGAACCAGUCGUUGUCAGUGAGCAAGUGAAAUUUGCCUUUGAGAAUCCCGCUCCCGCACCCGUGCCGGAAGGCCAUCGGCUGACUACUCAGCAUGUGAACCAGCUUAUCGAGCUGUACCGCGCGGAGCCUCGUCUCUGGAACCAAUCGCACUCGCAGUUCCACGAUACGGACCUGUGUCGCAAGUCCUGGCGUCGUAUAACGGACGCCUGGAGCGUGCACUGUGGGCGCCGCUUCACUGUCACCGACGUGCGCAUACGUGUCUCCACGCUAUGCCAGCGCUUCAUCAAGCAGCGCGAGCGCCUUGAAGCCGACGGUGAGCUCGACGAAGCUGUCAAGUUUGUCCAUUACGACCAGCUGGGCUUCCUCUGCGAGCAACAGGCACUGCUCAAGCGGCAGCAGCACUUCGUUCGUGAGAACCGCAAGCUGAUCGAGCUCUAUGAGCAUUACCCGAUAUUCUGGCACAAUGCCCACAAGCGACUGCGAUGUGCGGACAUCGUGAGAGGGCGCCAUGAGGCGCUCCGCGAUCUGCAGCUGGCCCUGCGCCUGUCUGGUAUAAAUCUGUCCUCGUUGGUUAUUAAGCGGCGGUUGCAGUCUCUGCGGAAACGAUAUCGCCUGGAGAAGAUCCGCUACCUACACUGCGUGGUAGAGGGCAAGCAAUCUGAGUUUGUCGCCGGCUUCGAGCACUACGAGGAGAUGGAGUUCCUUCAUAAACACAUCGAUCCAUAUGUGUGCGCUGUCUGCGGCAAGAUCUUUGAGAAUUUGGCGAGUCACCAGGCGCACGUGCAAAGCAACUGCCAUAUACAGAUGGGAAUGGAUUUUGGCUCAGAGAAAGAAGCUGCAGAGGGGGAGAAUGAGAAGGUGGAGCAGUCGGAACCUGUCCAGGGGAGGGAACAAGAUGUGGACUUCCAUAUUCUACAAGAUCUUCAGCACGAGGAGUACCCGCGUCAGGUCGAACAGAACUUUCCGCAGGCAGAGAAUCUCCUCCCAGUAGAGGACCUUCUGCCGACGAAAAACAUGCAGCAGCCGCCAGUCACCCCACAAGUGCAGGAGAAUAAAGAUAUCCUAAAGCUAGAAAAUAUUCCUCAGAUGAUCGAACUUGUGGGGAAUCUCCGGGAGGCGCAGGCGGAUGAGUCUACAUCUAUCGAGGAGGAAACAGUAUGUUCUACGCCUGACCGUGAGCAGGAAAGGAUCAUUAUAUCCAGUCUGUCUGAGACCUGCUCUGCCUCCGAACUGGAAGCUUUGCCAUCCGUGGCGCCAUCCGAGUUGGAGCAAAAAGAGAACUCGGCCGUCCGAAUGAGUCGGCAGCAGGCACUUAAGCUGAUCAAGCUGUACCGAGCGAAUGUGUGCCUGUGGGAUCCCAACCACCUGGACUACCACACGCGCAAGCACCGCCGCCUUGCUUGGCAGAGAGUCACAGACGAGUUAAACAGGAGCGAGUGCACAGGCCCGGGCCAGAGAUACAGCUGGCAGAUGCUGCACAGAAAGAUCACGGACUACACGAAGUAUUACCGCCGGGAGCGUCAGAGGGAUCAGGAAACUAAGCUCGGGGAGGAGACCACCAGGUGGAACUUUUACGAAGAAUUCCGUUUCCUGAAUGACGUGCUUCCCAUCAGCUCUGAAAUACAAAAGACCCUAAGCCAGCGGGAUAGCACCCUCAAGAUCAUUGCCGUAUACCAAAGCUAUGCCCAGCUCUGGUGCACCGAUCACCCGGACUACACGAAGCGGCGGCAGCGCCAGCGACAGCUGGAGUCACUCUGCACGCGACUGCAGGAGGAGAGCAACCUGCAGAUUACGGUGGAGAGACUCAAGGGCCGGCUUAUCGAGUUCCGCUGUCAUUAUCGGCAGUGCAAGGAAGCGCGGAUUGCGGCCCUCAAGAAAGCCGAAACCUGGAAUCCCGAGUACGAGUACUACGAGCAGCUCCGUUUCCUCGAGCUUCACGUGUCGCCCUUCGUUUGCCCCCGCUGCACGGCCUCAUUCAAGCGACGCACAGACUUCUUGCAGCACGAGCGAAACGUUCACGUGGAUCAGGAAAAGGCCCUGAACGGAGAAUACGGAUUUGUGAGGCGACGCAGACGUCGUACAGACAAGGACAGCCCCAAUGACCUAGCCAACGUCUGCCACAUUUGCGGCCUAAAGUUCUCGCUGCGCAACAGUCUGCUGGCUCACCUGCGGCGGCAUCUCGGCCAGCGCACUCACAUUUGCCCAGAGUGUCCCAAGAAGUUCUUCAACUCUACGGCCCUUCGUGUUCACCAGCGCAGUCACAGCAAGGAGCUGCCUUAUGUGUGCGAGCACUGCGCCCGGGGCUUCGUCAACGCCAGCAAGCUUAACCAGCACGUGAAGCGCCACCGCAACCAGCGCGACUUCCCCUGCAACCGCUGCGACAAGGCGUUCUACACUGCCCACGAGCGUGAUCGGCAUAUUCGCGCCCACCUCAACAUACGCGACAAGGUCUGCCCCCACUGCUCGCGUGCCUUUGUCGUGGGCAGCGCUUACUAUUCCCACCUUAACCUCCACCGUAGCGAGAAGCGAUAUUCCUGCGCCAACUGCGGUCGCCGUUUCGCGCAGUACGCCGGCCUGUACAAGCACCGCCGACGCUGUGUUCCUACUAAUGUGCAGGCAGAGCAUUAAUCAGGGAACAGGGAUCAGUCCUACGCCUUCGACGUGGUCGUUUAUUCCUCCUCGGGAUGUAACCAAAAAACGCCGAUCACUGAUGAUUAAAGUCCAGUUGGCCUGUUAGAUAUUUUCUGCACCUAGCUUAAUUCGACAUUUAAUUAGAAUAUUAUAUAAUAAUUAUAUAAAUCACUUUCUACUCGCUUAUUGUUGAUUACGUAAAUACACAUUAAUUUUGGA